ACCAACGAGGCAGGGCCACGGUUUCUUCCACACCUUUUAACCCUAGCGGGCAGGACUGGCACAGUACUACUACCAGCACCGGCCUUCUCCCACCCAAAACAACCAUCCCCUCGCCGUCCGAGCGCCUCCUCCCUCGCCGGGCCACUCCGCCGGCGGCGGCCUCCCUCCCUCGCCCACCGCCCUGCUCCCGCCCCCUCGUCCCUCGCCGCCAGAUCCGCCCAUCCUCCGCGCCCUCUCCCGCUCGGGCCUCGGCAGAUCUGCGCGGGCGGCGGCCCACCCCACCCCGACGCUCCUCCCCGAGCCAUGGAUCAAGUUAUGGUGAGUCCAUCACCAAGCGCCAGCAGCGGCAGUGGCAAGAGCGUGGGUAGGGCCAAGAGCAGGAGCAGGAGCAGAAGCAAGAGCAAGAGUAGGAGCAGGAGCAGGAGCAGAAGCAAGAGCAGCAGCAAGAGUAAGAGCAGGAGCAGGAGCAGGAGUCGCAGCCGGAGCAGAAGCCGAAGCCCUCGGCGAGAUAGGCUGCGCAGCGAGCGUUCAUCUCGCCGCAGCCGUAGCCCACCUCGUCGUGGCCGCAGUCCUCCUCGUCGCAGCGAACGUCGUAGCUACAGGGAUAUUAUUUGCAAGAACUGCAGGAGACCUGGCCACAUUGCUAGGGAUUGCCCAUCUGCUUCUACCUGCAAUAAUUGUAACCUUCCAGGGCACUUUGCAGCAGAAUGCACUUCCAAAACAGUUUGCUGGAACUGCAAGAAGUCUGGGCACAUUGCCACUGAAUGCAAGAACGAGGCCUUGUGCCACACUUGCAGCAAGACGGGGCAUAUGGCGCGCGACUGCCCCGCCUCAGGGUCCAACGCCAAGCUAUGCAACAACUGCUUUAAGCCGGGACACAUCGCGGUCGACUGCACCAACGACCGCGCCUGCAACAACUGCCGCCAGCCAGGCCACAUCGCCCGCGAGUGCAAGAACGACCCUGUCUGCAACCUAUGCAACGUGUCGGGCCACCUGGCCCGCGCCUGCCCGAAGACGACGACCCUGGCCUCGGAGAUCCACGGGGGCCCCUUCCGCGACAUCUCGUGCCGCAUGUGCGGCCAGCCGGGCCACAUCAGCCGCAACUGCAUGGCCACCGUCAUCUGCGACACCUGCGGCGGCAGGGGCCACAUGUCAUACGAGUGCCCCUCGGCCAGGGUCUUUGACCGUGGCGUCCGCCGGUUCUGAUGGAUUCAGGGGUGGCCCCGGCGCCUGAAGCACCCCGCCCUUGUUCCGUUCGUUGGUUGGUUCCUGUUUUAGAUAGCUUCGGCAGACGACGCCGAAACCGUUUUUCGCUUGGUCGGUGCACGCUCUUCUUGCUCCCUGGGUGUUGGUUGUUGUGGAAUGAAUGUUUAUGGUGUAGCUUUGUAACUCUGCUGAACUGAGCCGAGAAAGAGUCGUUUAUAUGAACUGCCAUGGUUAGACCAGAUUAUAUAUCAUUGUGACACGCUUUCCAGUUUA